AUGGUUCAACUCGCUUCUACCCUCGUCGCUGGCCUGGCUGGCCUUGCCAGCGUCGUCUCUGCCCAUCCGGGCCACGACGUCAAGGCCGAGGCCGCUGAGCGCGCCGCUUUCCUGAAGAACGCCCCUCUCCGCUCUCGCAGCCUGGACCAAUGUGCUACCAAGCUGCGUGCUCGCGGACAGGAGCAGCGCAACAUCGCCCGUCGUGAGCAGGCCGUCAAGAACCUGCGCCGCAGUAUGGGCCUGCAGUCCCGCUCCCACUUCCUCAAGGCUAGAGACCUCGACACCAUCCUCAACACCACCCACCACUCCACCCAGGAUGUCAACCUCUCCACGGACCCCGAGGUCCUCUUCGCCUCCGAGGCCACCUGCAUCCUCGCCCCGGAUGUCACCCAGGGACCUUACUACGUCUCCGGCGAGCUGAUCCGCAACAACAUCAUUGAGGACCAGGAAGGUGUCCCCCUCUGCCUGGACAUCCAGCUGAUCGACACCAACACCUGUGAGCCCGUUCCCCAGGUCUACCUGGACUUCUGGCACUGCAACGCCACCGGUGUCUACUCGGGCGUGGCCGCCAGUGGAAACGGCGACAGCAGCGACGAAACUAACCUCGACGCAACGUUCCUCCGCGGUCUCCAAAAGACUAACGAAGACGGUAUCGUCCAGUUCCAGACUAUCUUCCCUGGUCACUAUACCAGCCGUGCUACUCACAUCCACGUGCUCACCCACCCGGCCAACGAGACCUCCGUCCUGCCCAACGGAACCAUCACCGGCCUGUACAACACCAAGACCUCGCACGUGGGCCAGAUCUUCUUCGACCAGGACCUCAUCUCCGUCGUCGAAGAGACCGCCCCUUACUCCACCAACACCCAGGAACUGACCACCAACGCUGACGACUCCAUUCUCGCCGAGGAGGCCGACACCAUCGACCCCUUCGUCGAGUACGUUUUCCUCGGUGACGAUGUCUCGGAGGGUGUCUUUGGCUGGAUCUCAGUUGGUAUUGAUGCCUCUGAGAGCAGCUCUGUUACCCCUGCCGCGUACUUGACUGAGGAUGGUGGUGUUGAGAACGAGAACUCUGGUAUGGGUGGUGGUGGCGGUGCUCCUCCUAGUGGUUCUGGAGCUCCUUCUGGUGCUGUGCCUUCGGCUAGUGCCUCUGCUUAG